GAGGGAAGCUCGCGGGCCAGAGAGAGGGGGGCGACGGCGGUGGCGUUCGUGGUGGCCUGACGAGGCCCAGUUGGCGGCGGCGAAGGCCGAGGCGGAGCUUGGAGAGGCGUGACUGGACCAAGAAAUCCCCUGAUGUGAGCAGGCUUCCUUCUCCUCCCACCACUAGUUGCCACCAAGCCAGGGAACAUCCUUAAGCCCUGGCCCUCAGGGGAGAAGUAACAGGAGCCCAGAGCCGAGACCAUGUGACGGCGCUGGCCUUUGCCACCGCCGUCCCCACCACCCGGGCCCCAGGCCUGGCACCAUGAUGUUCCGAGACCAGGUGGGCAUCCUCGCUGGCUGGUUCAAGGGCUGGAAUGAGUGUGAGCAGACAGUGGCCCUGCUGUCACUUCUGAAACGUGUCACCCGUACCCAAGCCCGCUUCCUGCAGCUCUGCCUGGAGCAUUCACUUGCGGACUGCAAUGACAUACACCUCCUUGAGUCAGAGGCCAACAGUGCUGCCAUCGUCAGCCAGUGGCAACAGGAGUCCAAAGAGAAGGUGGUGUCCCUCCUGCUAUCCCACCUGCCCCUGCUUCAGCCAGGCAACACGGAGGCCAAAUCAGAGUACAUGAGGCUGCUUCAGAAAGUGCUAGCCUACUCGAUCGAGAGCAACGCCUUCAUCGAGGAGAGCCGCCAGCUCCUCUCCUAUGCCCUCAUCCACCCGGCCACCACACUGGAGGACCGCAACGCACUUGCCCUCUGGCUUAGCCACUUGGAAGAACGGCUGGCUAGUGGCUUCCGCACCCGGCCAGAGCCGUCCUACCACUCACGCCAGGGCUCAGAUGAGUGGGGAGGACCUGCAGAGCUGGGCCCUGGAGAAGCAGGGCAAGGUUGGCAGGACAAGCCUCCCCGGGAAAAUGGACAUGUACCCUUCCACCCAUCCAGCUCAGUGCCGCCAGCUAUCAACAGUAUUGGGAGCAAUGCAAACACAGGUCUCCCCUGCCAAAUCCACCCUAGCCCACUGAAGCGCUCCAUGUCACUCGUUCCUGCGAGCCCCCAGGCCCCUGGUGAGUGGCCAAGUCCAGAGGAGCUUGGGGCCCGGGCUGCUUUCACCACACCCGACCACGCACCCCUCUCGCCACAGAGCAGUGUGGCUUCCUCUGGCAGUGAGCAGACGGAGGAGCAGGGCUCCAGCCGAAACACUUUCCAGGAGGAUGGCAGUGGGAUGAAAGAUGUGCCCUCAUGGCUCAAGAGCCUCCGCUUGCACAAGUAUGCUGCUCUGUUCUCACAGAUGAGCUAUGAGGAGAUGAUGACCUUGACUGAGCAGCACCUGGAGUCACAGAAUGUCACCAAAGGUGCCCGCCACAAGAUAGCCCUGAGCAUCCAGAAGCUGCGUGAGAGGCAGAGUGUCCUCAAGUCCCUAGAGAAGGAUGUGCUGGAAGGUGGGAAUCUGAGGAACGCUCUGCAGGAGCUGCAGCAGAUCAUCAUCACCCCCAUCAAGGCCUACAGUGUUCUUCAGGCCACUGUGGUCACUACCGCUGCCACCCCUACCACCAAGGAUGGGGGUCGUGGAGAGCCACUGCUGCCAGGUGCUGAGCCACCCCUCACCCACUCCAGCACAGACAAGGGCACUGAGACCAAGGACCCUCCAGCUCCAGAGAACUAUCCUCUCCCACCAGCUCCAGCAGCUUCUGAUGGCAGUGAGCCAGCCCCAGCUCCCGUCGCCGAUGGAGACAUCCCCAGCCAGUUUACGCGGGUGAUGGGCAAAGUGUGCACCCAGUUGCUGGUGUCCAGACCAGAUGAGGAGAACAUCACCAGUUACCUCCAGCUCAUCGAAAAGUGCCUGACUCAUGAGGCUUUCACAGAGACGCAGAAGAAGCGACUGCUGUCCUGGAAGCAGCAAGUGCUGAAGCUCCUCCGGACAUUCCCACGCAAAGCUGCACUGGACAUGCAGAACUACCGGCAGCAGAAGGGCUGGGCAUUUGGCUCCAACUCGCUCCCCAUAGCUGGUUCUGUGGGGAUGGGGGUGGCCCGGCGGACCCAGCGGCAAUUCCCAAUGCCUCCUCGGGCCCUCCCACCUGGCAGGAUGGGCCUCCUGAGCCCCUCGGGCAUUGGGGGUGUCUCCCCUCGACAUGCCCUCACCAGCCCCAGCCUUGGGGGCCAGGGCCGACAGAACCUGUGGUUUGCCAACCCUGGAGGCAGCAACAGCAUGCCCAGCCAGAGCCGCAGCUCUGUGCAGCGCACCCACUCGCUCCCAGUCCACUCAUCACCCCAGGCCAUUCUUAUGUUCCCUCCAGACUGCCCGGUUCCUGGGUCUGACCUGGAGAUCAAUCCCACCCUGGAAUCUCUGUGUCUGAGCAUGACAGAACACGCCUUGGGUGAUGGGACAGACAAAACCUCCACCAUCUGACAGGACCCACAGCCCAGCGCACCCAUAGGCUCCCCCCCCCCCCCGGGCGGCGGGCGGGGCCAACCCCCAACAGGCUUCUCAGCAGCGAGAGGGUGGGCUGGCGCAGCUAUACAUUCUAAUAUUUUUCUACUCUUUCACCCUCUUAACUUUUGUUUAACAUUGGCACAUGCCUUGCUCACUCCCAGGCCUGUUGAGGGAUCUCAGCUGAUGCCCGGGAGACAAUAGAGGGGGCAGCCAGGAUAAAAGGGGCAAGGACCAGCCAGAUCACCUGCCCCUUACCUCCCACAUCCCCCACCUACCUAUCCCACACCUGCUGCCUCCUCCAGUACCACUGACACCUGCCCCUCCCAAGGGAGCAGACUCCUCCAGAGAUAAACUGACUGCUACCUUGUGCAGCCUGCUCAGAAAUUCAGUGGGAUGGGGACCACUGUGGACAGCCUGCUUGCCAGGAUGUCACUGGAGAGGAGCUCUCUCCUUCCCUCCACCCCACAACACCCCUCAUUGUUCCCCAGGACAGGUGCCACCUUUCUCCCCUUCCUCUUGCCCUGUUUAUCAGAGGUUCUCAACAAUUAAUUUCUUAGGCCUAUUUAAGAUACAUAUUUAUAUAGUUCUUAACGGUUUUCUCUCUGAUCAUUCCCUGUCAUUUUUAGAAUCCCCAGGCCUCUCUCUGAGCUGGAAAGUGGCAGGGGAAACCUGAGUUUUAUGAGAGGGCAGAGCCCCCUCCUCCACAUCCCACUACCCUUCCCUAUCCCCCUAGCCUGGGCUCCCAGAUGCAGAGGUUGAAGGUGGGCAGCCAGGGCAGCGGUGAGGUCAGGAAGUCUGUUGCCUUAACGUCCUCUUCCCCCACCGACACACCCUUCUCCACUCCCUAGGUCUGUUGGCAAAAGACUUGGGGGCUAGGAAUUUGGGAAAGGGGAUUGUCUGGUUUUUGUUUUUUUUCACACCCCCUCUUUCUUUCAACUUUUCCCACUCCCCAUUGUCAUGACCUCAUAUAAGUGGAACACUAUGUCAUAACUCAGAGGUGCGUCCCAGCCCAUGUCACAAAGCCCCUGGUCUGUUCCUGAUGAGGGCUUGUGCUGGGGCCCAGGUGGAGGGAUGGGAUUUGGGGGUUCAAACUGGGGAAGCCAGGGCCCCCUAUUCCAACCUCUUCUUUCCUCCUCAACCCACCCUCUCACUGGGACAUUCUCAAGCUUUUCACACCGAAAAGGAAAAAAAAAUGUUAUUUUUAGAUACAUUUUAUGAAUAACUUUUGUUAUGAAUAUGGCUGGUAACCAUUGUGUAUGUUAUUAAAGAUACAAAAUGUUGGGAAAAAACAAAAAACCAAAAAAAAAAAUUGAAAACCACCGCCCUCCCUGUACUUUCAAGCCCAUUCCCCAGACCUUGCCCCUGCCUCCUGGUCUGUGGACCUCCCCCGCUCUGAGCCCAGGGUGGGUGAAGAAGCCAGGGGGUAGAGUGGCCCUGGGGACCUGCCUCUGGUCCCCACCUCCUCUCCCAGUGCCGGGCUGGGCGGGGUGUCAGGUGUAUUUAUGUACCUCUUGCACACUCAUCAACCUAUGCAAGUCCCCACCCCGGCCCUCCAGGUUUCUGUGCCUUUGCUCAUCCCCCUCAAGCUCCAGGGCUUCUCCGGCCACUCCCACUAGUGGGAAGUGGGGUGGAAGGCCACCUGCUUGGAAUCAGCAGGGUGUCCCUCUUAAUGGGACCUUCACCCCUCCCCAGCCGGUCCAGUCUUGUUCACUAUCCAUCAGGGUAACUGACCCUGCCUGGCACUGGAAGGUGGUAAGGGACACCCUCCCCAAAAGGGGAGGCGAGAGCUGCUCCCCACCUGACAGCAGAGUGUGGGACGCAGGCGGCCCCACUCUGACAGGCAGGACCCCUGAUCCUCCUACCCUACCCUACCUCCCUCCAUGAUUUCACCUUCCCCACCCAUUUCUGUCCCCAGCCCCACUGGCAGAAUCAGCUUUGAGUAACUGUACAGUUUUUCUCGCUGUUGGAGAAGACUUAUUUGUUGGAGUUUCAAUUGUUUAAUGGUCUGGGCUUAUUUUGGAAAAAAAAAAAAAAAAGAUUCUAACCAGUUGUUAUGCUGCAUUUCCUGGGAAGCUUGGGGGGAGGGGGGGCAGUGAACAAGACCAGAGGCUCUAGGAAGGGAAAAUCAAUAGGUUGGCUUUAUUAACAAUGGUUGAGGGGUCAGGUGCACAAAGGAGGGCUCACAAAACAGACCACAAGAAAAAUGCUUUCCUGUUCUAAGAAUGGUGUCUGCUCUGGUCUCCUUGGAAGACCCUCAUGUUCAGUCACUGUCACUGUCAGCCUCGCUGGAAUCUGAAGCUGCAGCCUCACUGCCAUCGUCCUGGGCAGAGUGCUCACUGCCACUGGGGAAAGGGCUGGCACUGCGGCUACGACUCCGGCUCCUGCUCUGGCUGCGGCUCCUCUGACCACCCCCAUCGCUGCCACUGUCCGAGUCAUUGUCACUGCCCCCGUGGGCCCCCCCUCUGUCCUCAUCAUCGGAGUCCACAUCAUCUUCAGAAUCUGCAUCACUACCAAAGAUCUCCUCUUUGUCCCGAGCUGCACGGGCUUCAUCCUCACUGCUUUCAUCCUCGCCACUGCCACUCUUGUCACUUGCCUCUUCUCUGUCACCCUCCUCCUGUUCACUCUCGCUGCCGGAGUGUUCAUCCUCACUGCCCUCCUUCUCACUGCUGCUGCCCUUCUGCUCUUCAUCUGUGAGGGAGUAGGAAGAGGGUAAGACCCAGUUUCCGGGCCUCCCAGGGCUCCCAGGCUGUGACCUCUUCCUCUUUACCUGAUCCCCCAGCUUCUUUCUCUUCCGCCUCCAUCUCUUCCUCUUCUUCCUCCUCCGGUUCAUGGUUUUCCAGCUGAGCCUUCCGUGCCUCCUAGAAGCAUCAAGAUUGGGAAGAGGAACAAGAGAGUGUUCUGUCUGGCCACUCCUCACCCAUUGCUAGCCUCCUUUUGGGUGUCCUGGGCCAGUGAAGCUUGUUUUACCUGGGCUUCUAAUUCCUUCUCGUUCAUAUCCCGGUGUUUGACCACAAGCAGGGCAUUGGUACCCGACUGAACCCCAGCCUUGGCCCGGCGCUUACUAAGACGGACUCUGCAGUGGACAGUUGUAGGGGGAAGAUACAGUUAACCCCAGCAGGGAGCAGUCUUACCUCACACUUGGUUCUCCAUCCAUGCUUAGCCCAGAGCAUGCAAAGGAAAUAUGUAUCUCUGAGAUGUUACUUAUGGGAUAUUCAUAUCUGUAUGAUGAAUUUACCAAUACUUAGAAACAAAGAAAUGGCAAAUCUUGUAUUUCUGGCUUGUGAAUAAUAGGAACUAAAACUGAGAUAUGAUGC